UAAGUGAUAAUCCAUCUUUUAAGGUGGGCGCAGAAAUGUAAAGUAAAAACUCAACCUUUCAUAACAGUGGUUCAGUGAAAAUAACCACUAACACAGUUGGCAGAGGUUCUGAAUACCUUUUUAUAUAAAAUAACUUCACCCUGAAGUUGAGUUCAGCAUGCUAAGCCCCAGCUCAGGAGGACAGUGUAUUCACAACGGGCAUGCCAGGAUUGGUAAGGUUCGCUCUGCCAAUUCCCUGCCGCUGGGGAGCUCCCGCGGAUGAUGACAACAGGAGUGUUAAUCAUUUCCUGACCAGGCAAACUUAGUCACAAGGUCCUGCUAAGAGUCAAAUCACCCCCUCUGCUUUAUUAAAAACAGCUAGAAACUUUUUCCUCAGCUCAUGUUGCAAUUUCUCCCUUUUAGAUUAAGCACAUGGAAAUUUGUUUGGCAAUUGUUUUUACGGCACUCUUUCCAUUAGUUACUCCCACAAGCUGGGGUUUAUCUGAUUGUGUGGUCAAUGGAAACUUCAGGAUAAAACUCAGUGGCCUAAGGCAGCGUGAGGUUUACCUGGCUGUGGUUAUGAAGAGGGUAGGCUCGGAAUCACUUCCUCUCUACACAGAAGGUAACUGACGCCGAAAAGUAUUGUGACAGAUGUACGGAGCUGUAAAAGGCAGCGUGUGUAGGUGGAGCCCAGCUCUGACUCCACAAGUCGGAAGCGCAGAUAAAGCUUUGGUAGCGGUGCCUGCAAGUCAGAGAUGAGAGCCCGACCCUCGGUGGAGAGCUCGCAGUCCCAGAAAUCCUGGAUUGAAGGUGUGUUUGACAAGAGAGAAUGUAACAGAAUCAUACCCAGCUCCAAGGAUCCUCACAGAUGUACCACAGGAUGCCAGGUCUGCCAGAAUCUAAUUAGGUGUUACUGUGGGCGACUGAUCGGUGACCACCACGGGACAGAUUUUGCCCGGACCGGCUCCGCCAGCGGUGAUGCAGAUGAGCAGUGGUCUGUUGAAAAGCACACGACGAGAAGCCCGACAGAUGCCUUUGGCACUAUUAAUUUCCAAGAUGGAGAGCACAUUCACCACGCCAAGUAUAUCAGAACUUCUUAUGAUACAAAGUUGGAUCAUCUGUUACAUUUGAUGCUGAAAGAGUGGAAGAUGGAAUUGCCAAAGCUGGUGAUUUCUGUCCAUGGGGGCAUCCAGAACUUCCAGAUGCCCUCCAAACUUAAGGAGAUCUUCAGCCAGGGUUUGGUCAAAGCUGCGGAGACAACAGGAGCGUGGAUAAUAACUGAAGGCAUUGAUACUGGAGUGUCCAAACAUGUUGGGGAUGCCCUCAAAGCACAUUUCUCCCAGUGCUUGAGGAAAAUCUGGACAGUUGGAAUUCCUCCUUGGGGUGUCAUUGAGAACCAGAGAGAUCUUAUUGGAAAAGAUGUGGUGUGCCUGUACCAGGCCCUGGGAAACCCGCUCUGCAAGCUCACCACCCUCAACAGCAUGCAUUCCCACUUCAUCCUGUCCGAUGACGGCACUGUGGGCAAGUAUGGAAAUGAGAUGAUGCUCAGGAGGAACCUGGAAAAGUACCUCUCUCUGCAGAGAAUACACAGCCGCUCAAGACAAGGUGUGCCCAUGGUGGGGCUGGUGGUGGAAGGCGGUCCUAACGUCAUCCUCUGGGUGUGGGAGACCGUGAAAGACAAGCACCCAGUGGUGGUGUGUGAGGGCACUGGCCGGGCUGCCGACCUCCUGGCCUUCACUCACAAACACUUCGCAGAUGAGGGGACCCUUAGUCCUCAGAUGAAGGAGGAGAUUAUCUGCAUGAUUCACAACACUUUCAACUUCAGUCUUAAACAGUCCAAGCACCUUCUUCAAAUUCUAAUGGAAUGCAUGGUACACAGGGAUUCUAUUAUCAUAUUUGAGGCUGAUUCUGAGGAGUUGCACGACCUUGAUUUAGCAAUCCUAACAGCUCUACUGAAAGGUACAAGUUUAUCAGCAUCUGAGCAAUUAAAUCUGGCAAUGGCCUGGGACAGGACGGACAUUGCCAAGAAACAUAUCCUAAUACAUGGACAGCAUUGGAAGCCUGGCUCACUGGAACAAGCAAUGUUAGAUGCUUUAGUGAUGGAUCGGGUGGAUUUUGUGAAGCUCUUAAUAGAAUAUGGAGUGAACCUCCAUCGCUUUCUUACUAUUCCUCGACUGGAAGAGCUCUAUAAUACAAAACAAGGACCUACUAAUAUGCUCUUGCAUCAUCUUGUCCGAGAUGUGAAACAGCAUACCCUUCUUUCAGGCUACAGAAUAACACUCAUUGACAUUGGGUUGGUAAUAGAGUACCUCAUUGGUGGAGCAUAUCGCAGCAGCUACACUAGAAAAAAUUUCAGAGCCUUCUACAAUCUCUACAGAAAACAUAAGCGGCCUCUUCCCCGGAGAUGCGGCUCAGACAACAGAAAAGUAUCUGCAGAAAGCACUCUGCAUUCCCAGUUCAUCAGAACUGCCCAGCCUUACAAACUCAAGGAAAAGUCUGCUGUCACUCAUAAGUCAAGGAAGAAGUCAAAAGAACAACUUAUAGCCGAUGAUUCUGGCUUUAUUUACCCUUACAACGACCUGCUGGUUUGGGCUGUGCUGAUGAAAAGGCAGAAGAUGGCCAUGUUCUUUUGGCAGCACGGAGAAGAGGCCACGGUCAAGGCCGUGAUUGCUUCCAUUCUCUACCGAGCCAUGGCCCGUGAAGCUAAGCAGAGCAACAUGGUGGACGAUGCCUCGCAAGAGAUGAAAAACUACUCAAAGCAGUUUGGCCAGCUUGCCCUGGACGUGCUGGAGAAGGCAUUCAAGCAGAAUGAGAGAAUGGCCAUGAAGCUGCUGACCUACGAACUCAAGAACUGGAGCAAUUCCACCUGUUUGAAACUGGCUGUGUCCGGAGGGUUGCGGCCCUUUGUUUCGCACACGUGCACCCAAAUGCUGCUGACGGACAUGUGGAUGGGGCGCCUGAAAAUGAGGAAAAACUCUUGGUUAAAGAUCAUCACAAGUAUUCUUUUACCUCCCACCAUUUUGACGUUGGAAUUUAAAAGCAAAGCGGAGAUGUCACACGUCCCCCAGUCCCAGGACUUCCAGUUCACGUGGUACAGUGAUGAGCAGAGCCCCAGCAGCGCCAAAGAAAAUGCUUGUACGAAAGUCUGUGAUAUGGAAAGGGGCCCUGAUGAGAAACUAGAUGAAAAUCAGCAUUUUGCUCUAAGGAGUGGUCCUCAAAUCCUUCCACUGACCAGGAAAGUCUAUGAGUUCUACAGUGCUCCAAUUGUCAAGUUCUGGUUUUAUACGAUGGUGUAUUUGGCAUUCCUCAUGCUGUUCACUUACACUGUGUUGGUGGAGAUGCAGCCUCAGCCCAGCGUGCAAGAGUGGCUCGUUAUCAUUUACAUCUUCACCAAUGCCAUUGAGAAGGUCAGGGAGGUUUGUAGUUCAGAACCUGAAAAGUUUACUCAAAAGGUAAAGGUAUGGAUUAGUGAGUACUGGAAUCUCAUGGACACGGCGGCUACUGGCCUGUUUUUGGUUGGUUUCGGCCUCCGGUGGGGUGACGCCCCCUUGCACACAGCGGGGAGACUCAUCUACUGCAUCGACAUCAUCUUCUGGUUCUCUCGACUCCUGGACUUUCUCGCUGUGAAUCAGCAUGCAGGUCCCUAUGUGACCAUGAUUUCAAAGAUGACAGCAAACAUGUUCUACAUUGUGAUCAUAAUGGCCAUAGUGCUGCUGAGCUUUGGGGUGGCACGCAAGGCCAUCCUUUCGCCGAAGGAGCCUCCGUCUUGGAGUCUUGCUCGAGAUAUCGUGUUUGAGCCAUACUGGAUGAUGUAUGGAGAAGUCUACGCAGCAGAUAUAGAUGUUUGUUCAAAGCAAUCACCCUGCCCUCCUGGUUCUUUUCUUACGCCAUUUCUCCAAGCUGUCUACCUCUUUGUGCAGUAUAUCAUCAUGGUGAACCUGCUAAUCGCUUUCUUCAAUAAUGUUUACAUAGAUAUGAAAUCCAUUUCAAAUGAACUGUGGAAGUACGACCGCUAUCGCUACAUCAUGACCUACCACGAGAAGCCGUGGCUGCCCCCUCCUUUCAUCCUGCUGAGCCACGCUGGUCUCCUCCUUCGCCGUCUCUGCCACCAUCGAGCGCCGCGUGACCAAGAAGAGGGUGACGUUGGGUUAAAACUCUACCUGAGUAAGGAGGAUCUGAAAAAACUUCAUGAUUUUGAAGAACAGUGUGUAGAAAAAUACUUCCAUGAGAAGAUGGAAGAUCUGAAUUGUAGUUUGGAGGAACGAAUCCGAGUGACAUCGGAAAGGGUUUCGGAGAUGUACUUCCAACUGAAAGAAGUGAAUGAAAAGGUGUCUUUUAUAAAGGACUGCUUACUGUCUUUGGACAGCCAGGUGGGACACCUGCAAGACCUCUCUGCCCUGACAGUGGAUGCCCUAAAUGUGCUUUCUGCUGUUGACACCAUACAAGAGGAUGAGGCUCUGCGGGCCAACAGAAAGCUUUCUACAUGCAGAAAACUUUCCCACAGCUGGAGCAAUGUCAUCUGUGCAGAGGUUCUCAGCAGCCUGGCGGUGUCUGGGGAGAAGAAAUUCCAGUAUUAUAGCGUGCCUCCUUCUUUGCUGCGGAGCCUGGCCAGAGGCUGGCAUCCCCCAAGAGUGCAGAGGGGGCCCCUUGUUGAGAUGACAGACAGUCAGAGAGAGACUGCAAAUGUAAGAAAUGACCAGGAAGAGCAAGAAACAGAAAAUAGUAUAGUUGCUACUUGCCUUGGCAGGCAAGCACACCCAAAGUAUGGCCAGUUUCUUCUGGUCCCUUCCUACCUAAAGCAAGUUCCUUUUCCUGCAGAAAUGGACUUGCCUCUUCCUAGACUGUCUGUGGAAGCAGGUACAGGUGUGCAGACAACUGAACCGGUCACGCAGAAUGGAGUCCCUGCUCAUCUGACUUGGCAGACCCCAGGCAUCUCAGCCCGGGGCUCAGUGGCUGAACACAAGGAGCAGCAUGAGCCGAUUGUUCAAAUACCAGCCAGACAAGAGAGGGGAGAGCAAGUUCUAAACACUUUGCUUUGCACACCUGUACCCAUAAAAGUGUCCUCCCUACCUUGCCAAGCUGAGAGCAUGCACACUGGAGGUGGAUAUGUGAACUGGGCAUUUUCAGAAGGUGAUGAAACUGGUGUGUUUAGCGUCAAGAAAAAAUGGCAAACCUGCUUGGCCUCCACUUGUAAUAGUAGGUCCAAGGAGAGUGGACAGUGCCAGAGGCAGAUCUGGGGCAGAUCUCUCUCUGAUAACUCAACAGCUCUGGCUCAGAGUAGUGACGCCUCAGAGGUGGGACCAGGGCUCCAGGCAGGCACACCGUUUUGGAUCAGUCCUCUCCGCAGAGACAGGCCCUUCAUUAGGAGUCAGAGUUUGAAAUUCCAGAAGGAGGAGAAAUUGAAGAUCUGUAAGAUUAAAAACUUUUCAAGAUCUUCAGAGGUAGGACAGUCAGCCUGGACCAAAGCAAAAAUGCUAACCAAGGACAGGAGAUCGUCAAAGAGAAAGAAGAAAACACCAGGACUGCAGGUGCCAGUCAUAACAAUCGAUGCCUGCUUUCAAAGUGACCAGUCGAAUUCAGAGCCAGGAGAAAAUACCGUCUCUAAAGAAGAGAGGAGCGACAAGAGCUGGCUGACAGUGUCCAAAUUUAGUCACUUAAGCCUGGAACCUAGUAUGUAUCAGAAAAUGAAGACUAAGGAAGUUGAACGACAUGCUGUACAAGUUGGUGACUAUCUAAAGCAGUCUCAUGAGAAUCGGAGUAGAAACUCUUGGUGGAAUUCCUGGAGCACCGACCCUAAUAGGAGUGCCCAGUUGAGAAGUUCAAGUGGAGUUGGCAAAAUCUCAGCAUCCUUAAAAAGCCCUCCAGAGCCUCACCAUCAUUAUUCAGCCAUUGAAAGGAACAACUUAAUGAGGCUUUCUCAGACCAUACCAUUUACGCCAAUCCAGAUGUUUGUGGGAGAAGAAGUAUCUGUCUACAGGCUGGAGGAGAGUUCCCCUUUGAAUCUCGAUAAGAGCAUGUCUUCUUGGUCCCAGCGCGGGAGAGCAGCAAUAAUCCAGGUGCUGUCCCGAGAAGAGAUGGACGGCGGCCUCCGCAAGGCCAUGCGAGUCAUCAGCACCUGGUCUGAGGACGGUGUUCUCCAGCCCGGGCAGGUUUUCAUCGUGAAGUCUUUUCUUCCCGAGGUUGUUCAGACAUGGUACAACAUCUUCCAGGAGAGUACUGUGCUUCACCUUUGCCUCAGGGAAAUUCAACAACAAAGAGCUGCUCAAAAACUAAUCUAUACCUUCAACCAAGUGAAGCCACAAACCAUACCCUAUGCACCAAGGUUCCUGGAAGUUUUCUUAAUCUACUGCCACUCUGCCAACCAGUGGUUCACCAUUGAGAAUUAUAUGACGGGGGAAUUCCGGAAGUACAACAACAACAAUGGCGACGAAAUUGCCCCCAGCAACACCUUGGAGGAGAUGAUGUUGGCUUUCUCUCAUUGGACCUAUGAGUAUACCCGGGGAGAGCUGCUGGUUUUAGAUUUGCAAGGUGUUGGAGAAAAUUUGACAGAUCCAUCUGUUAUAAAACCUGAAGACAAACAAUCAAGAGGAAUGGUGUUUGGACCAGCCAAUUUAGGGGAAGAUGCAAUUAGAAACUUCAUUGCAAAACACCGCUGCAACGCCUGCUGCCGGAAGCUCAAACUCCCGGAUUUAAAAAGGAAUGACUAUUCCCCUGGAAGGAUAAAUUCCACCCCUGGACUCGAAAUCAAAGCAGAACCAGGCGAUGGCCCUCCAGCAAGGGAAAGGGGUGGUAAUCCUUCAGAAGACUUCACUCGAUUGUGAAAAGGGGAGAAGUAAGAAGAUGACGGUCCCUGCCCUCCCUUCCAGGAACGAACUACGCUGAUGUAGCAUGGAUUACAUCAGAGCUGUGUCAGGACGGCCUUACCUGUGAGCCUCCUUGGGACAUGCCUCCUGAGCAUCAUGCCUGCCCUCACCUGAAGAUCUCUUUUGUAUAUGAAGAGUGGGUUCUCCUGGAUGCUGGUCUGGGUGCAGGGCACUUUGUAUGUGUGGUCAUCUGUUCCACAGGAAGACACUUGGAGGAGUCAGCUGGGAAUACUGCUCCUUUAUACCUCAUUGCUUCAGCUGGUCUCUUAGAUCCCUUGAAGCAAAAUGUUGGCACUGGAGAAUCAGGGAGAGGAAUUUAAUUUAUUUUCUCACUAUGUAUGCUGACUCUAACCCCCACUGCUGUUCAUCACCUUACCCACAUGGUGUAUUUGUUUAUAUAUAUAUGUACAUAAAGAAGUCACUUGACAUCCUCCUCUCUCCUUUCUAGUAGCACGGGGCUUUGAAUAACAGCAAUAAGGGAGUAUUUUCACAGAUGGAAGCACACUCCUGCACAAACUAACCAGUGAAAAUUUAGUAUUCUGGUGAAAUCUGAAUGGGUUGGAGGUAUUGUCAGUGAAUCGUCUGAUACUUGGGCAUUUCACUUUUCUGUGAAAGAAAGGAAAAGGGAAAGCUAAAACAAUGCCCUUGCAUCUUUUUUUUUUUUUUAAAAAAAAGGGAAACAAGAAUAUGCAAAACUAGAAAUUAUUAAGAACUGUUUUCCCUCCCCUUAAGCUCAGGGGUAUUCUCUUUUUUAAAGCUGUGUAUAUAAUUUUAUAGGUUAACUUACUCUCUGUCAGAUCCACUGGGGAAAGAUGGGUUUCUGAUUGCGACCUGCUUUGCAGGUGGGUGCUUCAUUCCAGUACAGAGUUCCAGUGGCUUAAUGAAUGCACUAUCUUAAGUACAACCUGAGAACCUGUAGUCAUUCUGGAGGCCAGAGGGAAGGGUCCCUGGGAGCUGUACCUUACACUACAUUUUGGGGAUCAGUCAUUUCCCUUCACACUGUCAGGGUUGCCUGACCUUCGCACUUUUCACACAAGCAGGAAUACCUCCUUUUCCUUUUCAUAGAGUGUUCCAGUCUAUCAGCAACAAACAUCCUUGGUUUGAAGAAAUCCACCUUUAUCUUACACCUCAUCUUACAUUAGCUGGUUUGCUUUUUAAAUCAACACUUCUGCAUUCCUAGCUUAUACUUCAGGGGAAACGUUGCCCAGGCACAGGGGGUGUAAAGCCAAGGAUUUAGUUUGCCAAGGAUCAUAUCUGAUUCUUGUGUGAUUUGCACAAGGGCUAAUUUAUACUCCUUUUAUUUUGGUUUUAGGGAUGGCGGAAGGUAGGAAAUUGGGUGAUCUCUUGAUUGGCAAUGAGGAUAAAAUGUGAAUGCUCUUUUCAGGGCUUGACUGCUGUAUCCUACUCUGCAGAUCAAUAGGGAUCUAUUGGUCCGGAGUUCAGUUCUGUGUUCAGCUGUGGACAGAGGCAGCUUGCCUGUCCAAGGGUCCAAGUAAAGGUGUUAGUUCAGUGAUCAACUAUUUGUUACCUGGAAUGGAACUUGAAAAUAAAGACAUUUUGAUUUCA